UCUCCACCAGGCCGCCGCUCUGAGCCCUUUGAAGUCCUCAUUUAAUGUAGAGAGCUGCAUCUCUCACAUUUGAUAAGACAGUUGGGAGCCGUCGAGUAAGCUUCUACAGAGAGUUAAUAUUCCAAAAUAAACAUUACAUUAACGUUUUGGAAAGUGGUAGCCUAUAAUUGAGAGAGUUUAUAAAAAAAUAUAUAUAAUAAUAAGUGGAAUAAAGAAAUAGGCACGCGCGUAAUGACACAUCUUUUUUCCAACAAAACCAUGAGCCUCAAGUGGAUGCGCGUGUCUCUUUUGAUCUUGGUUCUAUUCCUGGGUGACUCCCGCGGCUCCCAGGUGAAGUUUGGCCGCUUGGAUCGGUGGGUGAAGACCGGGUUUCAGUACCUGAAGUUAAACCUGUGCCGCAGGGUAUCUCUGUCUGAGGGCGAAUGUAAGCGGCUGUCCCAUCUUCAGCUCAGCGGGGUGGCCGUGUACGUUUCCGAGCCAAACUCCGAGAAAGUACUCGCCAUUCUCCCAGAUUCCUAUUCUUCAGGGACGCUACCGCCGAAGCAGGGCGGUUACGGUAUGAGUUCGGUACUGGAGGACAGUAGAAGACAUCACGAUUUCUUCCCGGGAUCGACUGCGCAUGAUGCCGUGUUGGUGUUGGAUCCCAGUCCCGGAGAGAGUUUCGGACAUCCUGUGGUUCUCUUUUAUGUGGACCUAAACACGACCAAGAAAAAAUGUGCACAUAUGGAUGGAAUUUAUUUAGGAGAGGAGUGUCUGACCCUGGCCCUAAAGAGUCGCUGUCAGAACCAGCUGAAGCGUCGUCAGAGCGGCAGUGAGCGGCUGGCGGGGAGCGGGCGUGCCCGCAGGGCUACCGUGUCGAGGCCCAGGAGCAGCCCGGGGAGGAUGGAGCGCAGCGGGGCUCUCUGUGAGAUACAUUUCCUUCCCAUGGUGGUCGGGGUCAGGGAUAACAACCGGACGCAGAGGCUACGAUGCGUGGACCACCCAGACUUUGCCCAGUGCCCCCAGCCUCUGCCCCUCACCAGCCCCAACAUGCCAGUGUCCAGCUGUGAGCUCAACAAGAACACCAGGCGAUGCCACCAGCAGCCCCUGGCUACACACCUGUCCUGUCGUCUCUACCAGACCUGUGACCACGCUAUACUGCUCUCAGGUGGAUGGCAGCAACAGAUCACGUACCAGCGUCACGUUCAGAACCUGCAGCUCUUCUACAGGAUGCUGAGGAACAACGGCUUCCACAGAGAUCACAUCAAGACCUUCUUCGCUGGGAACGGACAGCUCUCAGAGGAGUGGGUAUACCCAGCUACAGAGAAACGAGUGAUAAGGAACCACAUCUCGUAUAUCUGUGGGAAGCAACACUGUGCAGACUCCCUGGUCCUCUACCUCAACAGCCCCACCAGGAACGACGGGACCAUGCUGCUCUGGGACGGCAACUACAACGGCAUAGCGGACCUGAAGGAGCGCUACAGUGUGGGAGAGCUGCUAGCAGACUUGGCAGGCUGCAGGGCGAGACGAGUACUAGUCUUCGUAGAGCAGAGUUACAGCGGGGCGCUCAGUAAGAGACUGAAAGCAUCUCUGAAACACCUGAACGUGGUGCUGCUCAACAUAGCCGACAGCUGGGCCUCGCUGCACCCAGCAACAUGCCUUAUAGACCACCUGACUAAGGAUUCAGGGAUGUCCCGCCUACUCGACCCCAAAUCCAGCCUUUUGGAUGUCAACCUCUCUGGUGCGCCCUGUAACACAACUCCACCUCUGAGCGAAGCAGAGAUGAGGAAGGAGUACAUGGGCUGUCAGAACCUCCCCACUGCCCUGUGGUACCAGAACCACAACCAGAACCUCCCCCCUGCUCUGUGGUACCAGAACCACAACUAGAUCUUCCCGACCACCCUGUGAUACCAGAACCUUCCCAUCGCCAUGUGAUAUCAGAACCUCUCCACCGACCUGUGGUACCAGAACCAUAAACCACAACUGGAACCUACCCACCAUCCUGUGGUACAAGAACUACAACCAGAACCUCCCCACUGCCCUAUGGUACCAGAACCCCCCCACCACCCUGUGGUACCAGAACCACAACCAGAACCUUCCCAUCAUACUGUGGCAUCAGAACCACACCAGAAUCUCCACACCGCCCUGUGGUACCAGAAUCAGAACCUCCCCACUCUCCUGUGGUACCAGAACAACAACUAGAACCAGUACCUCCCCACCGUCCUGUGGUGCCAGAACCCCCCCACCACCCUGUGGUACCAGAACCACAACCAUAACCUUCUCAUCACCCUAUGGUACCAGGACCAGAUCCUCCCCACUGUCCUGUGGUACCAGAACCUGAACCUCCCCACUGUCCUGUGGUACCAGAAUCUGAACCUCCCCAAUCUCCUGUGGUACCAGGACCAGAUCCUCCCCACUCUCCUGUGGUACCAGAACCUGAACCCCCCCACCACCCUGUGGUACCAGAACCACAACCAUAACCUUCUCAUCACCCUAUGGUACCAGGACCAGAUCCUCCCCACUGUCCUGUGGUACCAGAACCUGAACCUCCCCACUGUCCUGUGGUACCAGAAUCUGAACCUCCCCAAUCUCCUGUGGUACCAGGACCAGAUCCUCCCCACUCUCCUGUGGUACCAGAACCUGAACCUCCCCACUCUCCUGUGGUACCAGGACCAGAUCCUCCCCACUCUCCUGUGUUACCAGAACCUGAACCUCCCCACUCUCCUGUGGUACCAGGACCUGAACCUCCCCACUCUCCUGUGGUACCAGGACCUGAACCUCCCCACUCUCCUGUGGUACCAGAACCUGAACCUCCCCACUCUCCUGUGGUACCAGGACAAGAUCCUCCUCACCACACUAUGGUACCAGGACAAGAUCCUCCCCACUGUCCCUGUGGUACCAGGACCAGAACCUCCCCAUCAACCUGUGGUACCAGGACCAGAACCGCCCCAUCACCCUGUGGUACCAGAACCACAACUAGAACCACCCUACCGCCCUGUGGUACCAGAACCACAACCAGAACCACCCCACCGCCCUGUGGUACCAGAAUCACAACCAGAACCUCCCCACCGGUCUGUGGUACCAGAACCACAACUAGAACCUGCCCAACGGUAUGUGGUACCAGAACCACAACCAGGACCUUCACAGCACCUUGUGGUACCAGAACCACAACUAGAACCAGAACCUCCCCACCGGUCUGUGGUACCAGAAUCACAACUAGGACCUUCACAGCACCUUUUGGUACCAGAACCACAUCCAGAACCGGCACAGACCCCUGGACAGAAUUUUAUUUUGAAAGAACACUCAGACUCAUACACACACAUGCACACACACACACACACACACACACACACACACACACACACACACACACACACACACACACACACA